GAUUUAUUUUGGUUUGGCAACCACGUGUUUGUGUAUCAAUUUUAUUCGAACAUGUGUAUGAGAAAAUUUAGGAUGCAUUCGAAACGUAAACUCUGAAAUCUUGUUAAUCAAUUUAGGCAUCAUCUGAUCGACGUUUAAAAUGCAAAUUCAAACAGAUAAUAACGUGAAAAUUUACAAUCUCAGUUGCGGGAAAUCUUUACCAGAUUGGUUAACUGAAAGAAAGAGACGUUUGCUCCAAAAGAAAAAUGUGGAUAUCAGACGCCGGAUCGAACUUAUUCAGGAUUUCGAGAUGCCUGGUGUCAGCACUGGUAUCAAAAUAUCUCGUGAUGGGAAUUUUAUUUUUGCGACCGGUAUUUAUAAACCACGCAUUCGUUGUUUUGAUGUAAAUAAUUUAUCGAUGAAAUUUGAACGAUGUUUUGAUGCAGAAGCAGUACAGUUUGAAAUACUAAGUGAUGAUUAUAAGAAGUUAGCUUUACUUCAAUGUGAUAGAACAAUUGAAUUACAUGUGCAACAUGGAAGUUAUUUCAAACUUAGGAUACCAAAAUUUGGCCGUGACUUGAAAUACCAUAAAGCUUCUUGUGACCUGUUAACAUGUGGAGCUGGAUCUGAAAUAUAUCGUUUAAACCUUGAACAAGGAAGGUUUCUGAAUCCAUAUCAUACUGAAGCUAGCUCAUUGAAUAAAUUAGCUAUACAUGAAUACUAUGACAUUAUUGCUUGUGGAACAAUGGAGGGUAAGGUGGAAGCAUGGGAUCCUCGUCAACGGGAGAGAAUUGCAACAUUGGAUUGUGCACUGGCUGUACCAGAUUAUGAUAAUAUUGAAGGUUUUCCAUCUAUAACAGCACUAUCUUUUAAAGGGGAUUUAACAAUGGCUGUAGGAACUUUUACUGGACAAGUAAUGUUAUAUGAUAUUCGUGCCAACAAGCCUUUCUUAGUACAAACUCAUGAUUUACAUCAACCUGUCAAAUGCAUUGAAUUUGUGCCGAAUGAAGAACUUUUAGUAUCGAUGAAUCCUAACUCUGUGAAAUUCUGGAAGCAAAAUACGGGGGAUUUUUAUUUCAGUGUUACUUCACCUGUUCAUCUGAAUGAUUUAUGCAUUGUUCCUAAUUCAGGUCUUUUCUUUUUGGCAAAUGAAGACAAAAAGAUUUUGUCGUAUUUUGUACCUACUAUUGGCCCUGCACCCAAAUGGUGUUGCUUCUUGGAUAAUAUUACAGAGGAACUUGAAGAAUCUAAGCAAGAUGCAGUAUAUGAUGAUUACAAAUUUGUAACCGAGAAAGAACUUCAGCAGCUGCAUUUAGACCAUCUAAUUGGAACAAAUUUGCUUCGAGGUUAUAUGCAUGGUUAUUUCAUGGAUGUACGGUUAUAUAAUAAGGCUCGAGCAAUAAUGCAACCAGAAGCUUAUCAGGAUCUGAAGAAAAAAAUGGUCCAGAGUAAAAUUGAAAAAGAAAGAAAUGCAAAACGAAUUCAAGUUAAGCAAUUACCAAGCAUUAAUAAGGAUUAUGCGCAGAAACUUCUGGAAAAGAAAGCAAAUAGCAAUGAAGAGGUUGUUAAUCCAUUUGAAGAUGAUCGUUUCAAAGAUCUUUUUGAGAAUCCUGAUUUUGAAAUAAAACAAACGGAUGAUGAAUAUGCACGCAUUAAAGCAACUGUUGAAAGGGCGAAUAAGAAGAAAGUUACUAUUGUUCCAGAAUCUGAACCAAUGGACUUACUUGAGGAAGAAAACAACUACAAAAGUUCUUCUUCUGAAAGUGAAGAUGAAGAAGAAGAAGAAUCUGAAGAUUCUGAAGUGGAACUUCCUGCUGAUAAAAAACGAAGAGGAACAUUGAAAGCUGUUGAUUCUGAAAGAUUUAAAUUGCUGUACAAAAAUGAUGAGAAUGAAGAUGAAUCAAUUCCUGUAGAAGAGAGAUUGAAAAAAACGCAUGAAUCUUUUAAAGAAUCAAAUGCUGCUGCUGGAAAUAAAGUUGUAACAUGGACAACAGGCAAGUCUGAGAAGGCAAGUAAAAGAGAAGAAGAAAGAAAAGCACAUAUGAAAGAAAGAGCAAAAUGUAGAAGACCAGCAAAAUAUAUAAAAAAAUAAAUUUUAAAUAGUCUUAUGUAAAUAAAAAUUUUAAUAUUUUUAUGUGUGAAA